AUGUUUACAUUAUACAAACUCUAUGCAGACAAGUCAUUUGGAUCGAUGGAUGCCAAUGAACAAAGAAGAAAAAGAAACAGAGAGCGGUAUGCAAGAAUGAAUGAUGAAGAAAAACAAGAAAAACUGAAAAAACGCCGUGAAGCCUAUCAACGAAGCAAAACAAAUAAAGAUUCAAGGAAGAAGCCAGAUGAAAAGACAAAAAAAAGAUCACAAUAUGCAACUAUGCGGCCUGAACAGAAGAAAGCUAGAAUAGAACAAAUUAGAGCUAAUCGUGAGUUGAACCGCUCCAAAUAUUCAAUUGCGAUGGAGAACCCUGCAUAUAUCGCAACCGAACAUGAAGUUGGUACUUCUCCAUUUCUUGUAAAACACAGAAAGCAUGUGACGCCAGGAAAAAGGCAAACAUCGCUACACUAUCGCAAUGAAGAAUUCACGAUAAGACAGAUGAAAAUGCUUUCUGUAACAUCACAAGAAGACGGAUCCAUGCCGGUAACCAGCAAAGAUGACAUAGGACCUCUAGAGGAGUCAGAAGUGGUGAUUUACGGUAAUACUCUUAAUUUUAUAUAA